AUGGAAACACCGAAUGUCAUUGAGACACAUUCUUCUUCUUCAUCGGAACGACCAAUGACGAUUACUGGAGCCACGAAUGAAAAAUCGACUCUAUCAUCACAGUCUCACUUUUAUCAAUUAAAUGAAUCUCCACAUUCUUCCGAACAAUUAACUAGUCAUGUCAGUGUAAAUAAUAGAAGAGUUCGCUUUUCCGAUUCUUCUCAUGCAUCCAAUUCGCAAGUUAUUGGAAAUAUUAGUAAGGCGCUCAGCAAUAGUGGUAUUCACAAGGCUGUGAAAGAUUCAAAUCUCUCUGCAACUAAUAUUGCAAAUUACGAAUCCCGAAAGAAAAUGAAGAAUAUUUGGCGAAGCAGACUGAAAGGAAUUAUAUUGGAUUUGGAAGUGUUUCAAACCGUUUUAUCAAUAUUAUCUGCUGUGUUUUUCAUCAUUUCAUCAUAUAUUCAAAUUGACGUUGAUGGAAGAUUACUGGCUUUGGUUGUUUGCGAUUUAAUAUUUUCUUGUUUUUUUAUUGCACUUUUCAUUAUUAAUUUUCUUCUCGCCAAGAACAAAAUUUUGUUCUUUGUAACACCACUCUCUAUUUUGGACUAUGUGACUGUCAUUCCAUCAUUAACCAUUACUGUCAUUUCAUUUACUCAAGAUUCAUUUAACAGCCAAUCUUAUGCAUUUGUAGGGUUAUUAAGAGUACUGAGAUUGUUGCGGUUAAUUCCAAUCACUAACAAAAUUUCAUCUAAAGGAGAAAUCAAUUCUGUUCUUGCCAAAGUUAUUGAACUUGCCUUAACUGUAGCUUGUUUUCUUGUGAUAUUUUCAGGACUAUUCCAAUGGUUAGAAAAUUAUUUUGGAGAUCGAGUGAUCUAUUUUCACGAUGCCCUAUAUUUUAUUGCCAUCACUCUUGUCACAAUUGGCUAUGGUGAUAUUUCUCCAUCAAAUGUUGCCUCUAGAUAUGCAGUAAUUUUAUUUUUUUUGAUUGGUGUCACAAUCAUUCCCAUCCAAAUUUCUCAAAUUUACGAAAUUGUGACAAGCGAAAAAAGUAUAUUUAAGGUGAAGAACUUUACUCUUAAAAAUCAUACCAUAGUGAGUGGAAGUUGCAGAAUUGACGAAGCUAUUGAUUUUGUUAAGGAAUGUUUUCAAAAAAGAAAGAAGAGAAUCAAAAGAGUGAUUCUGGUAUUUAAAAACGAGGAUUUUUGCAAACACCUACUAGAGAGUUUGAAAAAAACACCCUUCCGAAGCAAGAUUUACGUUUAUUGUGGAGACAUUAUGGAUUUCGAAACCAUGAACCUUUUAAAAGUUCCACAAGCUCAAAACGUGUUCCUGUUAAAUAGCCCAAAAAUUGGAAAUGCAAGAAAACAAGACACAUCCAUCAUCAUGACCACUAUCGCAUUAAGAAAUUUCAACAAAAACUUGAAAGUUUAUGCCCAAAUUAAUUUAAUGGAAUCUAGACCAUAUUUAAUUCGAGCAGGUGCCAAGGUAAUCAUUUGCAAUGAAAUUUUGUGUACAAAAAUUCUUUCUGCAUCUGUGUCAUCCACUGGCUUUAAUACCUUCUUAUUUAACUUACUCAGUGGAGUAGAGAUUACAGUGUUUUCUAAGAAUCUUCCAACAUCAGUUCAGUCACUGAAUUUUCAAAGCUCAAUUAAUCUCAUGAUGGCUCUCGCUGCAACGAAAGAUGAUUUUCUCGAUGAUGAGAGUAAAUGGAUCGCUGAGUAUGCAGAAGGAUUGAAUUGUGAAGUGUUCAGAGUCAAAUUUAGUCCAGCAUUCAGCAAUAAUCUUUUUAUUGAUGCUGCAAAAUUGUUGUUAACUAAAUUGGAAGUGGUUGUGUUUGCUCUCGAAGAUAUUAAUGGAAUCAUCUUGAUCAAUCCAUCUCGAUACUUGAUUAAGGAAGGAGACAAAUGUUUUUGCCUUGCCAAGAGUUUCAAACACGCUCAAGAAAUUGAAAAUUAUCAGCACACAGAAAACGAAAUUAACACUCAUGCAAAAAAGUUAAAGUCUGCUAAACCAUUUGUAUACGCUAAAACACCAAUCGAUGACUUUGGAGAUGAUUUUCUAGAUGCCAAUUAUAUAGAAUAUACCACAAAAGAGCAAAUGAAAUUUGAAGACAGUUCUCAAAGCGAAAAAGAAGUCAAGAAAAUUUCAGAGAAACAAAUUGACAAACAACACCGAAAACAACUUGAACGAAAGUCACGAAAUCUAAUGUCAUCACUUAAAAAAGAUGUCAAAAGAGCUGGAAGCAGUUCUGAACCUAAAAUAGUGGAUGUUUUAUUAUUGAGAAAAGAUGAAGACGUUCCAGAUGAUGAAGUCAGAAACGCACAUUUAGAACUUCUAUUGAAGAUUUUGUCACCAGAAGCAUAUUUCUUGGAAAAGAGACAAUAUUUAAAAAAAAUUAGAGAAACACUUUCAAAAGAGGAAAGUCGAAUUGAAGAACAGAGAUUCUUUUCAAAUAUUAUUAAUAACUACAAUUUGGUACAAAUACCAAGGUCAAAGGAAGAGUUUCUCAUCACGAGUUAUCGAGUUCCGUUUCUUAUUAAGGAUCACAUUUUAAUAUUAGGUGAAUUUCAACAGCCAGCAAUGAUAUGCUCGUUAAUUCGAUCGUUUCAUAGAAAGAAUAGACUCACACCAAUUGUUUUCAUGUCACAUUUGGUUGACAAAUAUUUCCAUUAUCUCUAUGAUCGAUUGAAACACUUUUCAAAUAUUUAUUUCAUUCAGGGAAAUCCAAUGAAAAGCUUUGAAUUAAGAAGAGCUGGAUAUCAAUAUGCAAUAACCAUACUUUACUUUACACAGGAUGAAAAAAUUAUUAAUUUAAAUGAUCAUACCUUAUCAGAAGAAAAAGAUGAACAAGAAACAGAAUAUUCCAUUGAUUCAGAAGCUAUCAAAUUGGCAUUAGGAAUUGAAGCUACAGAAGGAAACAAAUGUUUUUUAUUGGAGCUUGCGAAUCGAUCCAAUUUGAAAUUCAUUCCUCAUGAAGGUGUUGGAACAUUUGAGAAAAUUAGAUCUCUUCAAGAAAAAGGAGUUGUAGAGCAUAAUUUAGAUGAUAUUGAUUUAUUUUGCUUAUUUUCUGAUCUUCACAUCUCGAGCAGAAUAUUUCCUUCUUCUUCAUUCCUGAGUCGAUUGUUAGCUCAAUCCUUUCACAACAAGAGAAUUGUGGAUUUAAUUGAACAAUUGUGUGCCGAUGAAUUUUUGGCAGGUGACAAUCAAUCUGUGAUCUUUGAAGUUCCAAUACCUUCUACAUUUGUUUCACUUUCUGUCUAUGAUUUAGUAACUUCAUGUUUUGAGAAUGAUCUCAUUCUUCUCGCUCUUAGUCGAGUGAAAUUGUCAUCAGAUUUGAAUAGUAUUCAUCAUUCCCAUCUCAAUAGAUACAUUUACACAAAUCCUUCACUUUCUACUGUUUUACGAUCCUCUGACGUUCUUUUCUUGUGUGGACAUCGAAAAGAUUUCCAUAAUUUGUUAAAAGAUGAGAAAUGCAAAGAUAUUGACCUUUCGAACAAGUCGACUCAUCAUAAGGAUGAAACAAAAACGUCACAACCACUUCAGGAAGAUCAAGUGGUUGUAGAAAUUAAUUUAGAAGAAUUGGAUGUUAAGAACUUGCAACAAAAGAGUUGUGGAACACCACCACUCGUGUCUUCUCCAACUCUUGAAGAGAAUUCUCCUCAAGAAAGUUCUCCAUCAUCAACUCAUCAUCAUUCUGACGGAUUGACACAUUCUGCAUCACUUCCAAAUUCAAAUCCAACUAUUGUAAUCGAGUCAACGAAUGAGAGAAAGCAACCUCAUAUUCCUCCUCUUCGACUUGUAAAUUCUCAACAAGGUGACGACGAUGAAGAAGAAGAACAAAUGCCACGAAUGAGUUUUGAUCAAUUAUUGAAAGUUCAUACUGCGAGAAAGAUUUAA